GGGAUGUGGAGCUCACAGACCUCCAGCUCAGACCGGAAGCUCUGGCUGGACUCGAUCUUCCUAUUGAGGUCAAGGCAGGCUAUGUAGGGCAUCUGAAGAUAGACAUACCAUGGACCGAGCUGUUUACUGCAGACAUCCAUGUGGCCAUUGAGGAUGUAUUUGUCCUGGCUGGGCCAAUCACAGACAGGCAGUAUGAUGCAGCUAAAGAAAAACUGCUUCAGAAUGCUAUUAAAAGACAGUUGCUGGAAUCCAUUGAGCAGUCAGCUAUAGAAGAGUUUGUGAGUAAAGCAGCUGAUAGCCCAACUUUACUAGAGAAACUCUCCACGAACUUGCUCAGCAGAUUGCAGAUCUCCAUACGUCACAUUCAUGUGAGAUACGAAGACACUGUAACCAAUGGAGACCAUGCUUUUGCAUGUGGGAUCAUGCUGAAACAGCUGCUGAUAUGUUCAACAGAUGCUCGCUGGCAGCCACGGGGGACAGAUGUUAUCCCAAACAUGAUGCAUAAGAUGCUGAAACUGGAUGAACUAUCUGCUUAUUGGAAUCCAUAUGUACCAGAACAACAUUUGCUAAAAUCAAGAUUAAACACUGAUGGAUGGAAGAAUGUUCUCAGGAUUUCCAUUGACUCUCAUACAAUUUUUGAAGAGGAACUUGAUUUUAUUAUGCAACCAGCAGCAGCUCAAGCCAGACUCAUCAUCAACUCUGAUACAGGCUUCACUCUGCCUAAGUUCUUCAUGGAUUUCACCAUAGAGGAAGUCGAGGUCAUGCUGUCAAGACAACAGUUUCUGAACCUUAUCACUCUCAGUGACUCAUUCCAACUGAUGAGGAUUAACCAGCGUUACCGUAAAUACCAUCCUAAUAUCAGCCUCAAAGUCAGCCCUCGGUCGUGGUGGAUGUAUGCAUAUGAUGCUAUUUUGGAAGAAAUCAUACGUCCUUUCUCUUGGGCAAGAAUUAAAGAACACAGAACACGAUUCAGGAAGUACAGAAACAUGUACAAGACCUACUUAGAUGACCCAGAGAAUAAAUCUAUUCUAGACAAACUGAAGGAGAUGGAGGACUCACUGGAUGUCACAAACAUACUCAUAGCAAGAGAACAGGCUAAACUGGAGUUGACCAGAGAAGCUCCAGAACGAGCAAGGAAAAAAGUGAAGAAAAGUUCUGGUUGGUUCAGUUCAUGGUUCCAGGGUGAGGAAGAAGAAGAAGUGACUGUCGAGGUGGAUACAAAUAAACCAAAGGAUUGGCUGUACAACCUAACGGUUGAAGAGAAGAAAAAACUGUAUGCAGGCAUUGGAUACGAUGAAAAUGCUAAUUUUGUGUCCUACCCAAAAAAGUAUGUUGCCUCCAAGAUACAAAUCAUUUUGAAAAGAUGCUGUGUGUCCAUGGUCAACUACAGCAAAAAGAUUCUCCAAGUCUCUGUGACACACUUUCUGUCCACAUUUGAACACAGACCAGGAAAUAAUGCUUUUGUAUGUUUUCCGAGUAGGAUUUCUUGCAACACAGAAAGCUUUGCUAUAGAAGGAGCUUCCAUAGAGCAUGAACUUAUACCCAUCCUGACAUCUGAUAUUGGUGUUUAUGCUCCAUCAGUUAACCAAGUCUUCACAUUGGACUUUGAGUCAAAGCCUCUCUACACAGACGCAGAUUACUCACUGUCACUCAAUGUACAGCCAGUGGAGAUUGUCUAUGAUGAGCAUUCCAUAUCAGAAGUGGCUGCAUUUUUCCAACUGCCGCAUGGAGGAUUUGACAUCAGAACAACUGCUGUAGAAACCUUGACCAGUGUUGCUAAAGUCAGCAGGGCAGGCUUGCAGAAUGCAAUACAGUCACACACGACAAUCCAUAUGGCUCUGAACAUGAGAUCUCCAUACAUUGUUAUUCCAGAGUUUGGAACCUUGCACAGGGGAGGUAAUGUGCUUAUCAUUGACUUGGGUACCUUACGGAUUGAGAGUGAGUUACAGCCUAAAGAUGUGUCCUUGGAGAUUAAUCGUGUUGAUAGUUAUGAUCAAAGAAUGUUUGCUGUUAAUAAUUUGUAUCAAUCUGAACAGAUGAAG